UGAUAGAGAAAGGCCAUCAAUCUUCAACCCUCCAACAGCAUAUUCAGUUCUACAUAUCUGCUAGCUAGCUUCUUUCUUUACUCUUUUGUGUAGCAUUUUUUGAUCAGAUCAAUAUGCCUGCCAUAGCUUUUGGACGGUUCGAUGAUUCUUUCAGCUUCGCCUCUAUCAAGGCCUAUAUUGCUGAAUUCAUCUCCACCUUGCUCUUCGUCUUCGCCGGCGUCGGCUCCGCCAUUGCUUUCAACAAGUUGACGUCGGAUGCGGCUCUUGACGCACCGGGGCUGGUAGCCAUUGCGGUUUGCCAUGGAUUCGCUCUCUUCGUGGCUGUUUCCGUGGGAGCCAACAUCUCCGGCGGUCACGUUAACCCGGCCGUCACCUUUGGACUGGCCGUCGGCGGCCAAAUCACCAUCCUCACCGGCCUUUUCUACUGGAUUGCUCAACUCUUGGGCUCCAUUGUCGCUUGCUACCUCCUCACAGUUGUUACCGGCGGCUUGGCUGUUCCGACCCACAGCGUCGAUGCCGGAGUGGGAGCCGUGGGAGGAGUUGUGAUGGAAAUAAUCAUCACAUUUGGUUUGGUAUACACGGUGUACGCCACCGCAGUUGACCCCAAGAAGGGUUCACUGGGCACAAUUGCACCCAUGGCCAUCGGAUUCGUCGUCGGAGCAAACAUCCUGGCAGCCGGUCCAUUCUCCGGUGGGUCAAUGAACCCGGCCCGAUCAUUCGGACCCGCGGUGGUGAGCGGAGACUUCAGCUGCAUCUGGAUCUACUGGGUGGGUCCCCUCGUCGGCGGUGGAUUGGCCGGCCUCAUCUACCCCAAUGUGUUCAUGGCCCACGAGCACGCCCCUCUCUCCAGCGACUUCUGAUUGAUUUCAACUUUGAAGAAGAAGAUGAUGAUGUUGUUGUUGUUGUUGUUCAAAUCUCAUUUUCCCUUGAUUUUCUUGUAUAAUAAUUAUGAGAGGAAGAAAAGGCAACAUUUUGCUCUUUCUUUCUUUUUGCUUUUUUUUUUUUUUUCUGCUAGCUUUUGGUUUAAUUUGCAGCUGUAAAUCCUUCUUUGUUGGAAUGUGGCUUGCUAAAUGCCUAAAAUCAUGAUUGCACUGUCUUCUCUCUUUCUUUGAAAAAUUGCUAUUUCCAAUUUCAAAUUCUA